AGAGUUUCAAGAAGUUUUGCGCCCAAAGUCAGCCGGUCCCUGAUACUGUGCUAUAAAUCGAUUCAUUGUGAAUCAGCGUGCAGAAGCAAUUCACUCUUAUCUGCCCUAGUCUUUCUUCCACUUCUUCCGCUUUUCUCAACACGCAAUGGCAGCUCCUCAACGUUUUACGUUACCGAACAUGCCAUUUCGACGCGAAGUGCAUAGCGGUUGCGCUAUUGGCACAUCAAUAACCCU